AUGUCGCUCCGUCUGAUGGCGUCAAGCUUGCUUGGCUUAAGCGCAACUCUCGCCAACGCAAGCCCGGACGAACAGACACCCUUCGGCGACUACCGCCACAUAUGUCCAGAUUAUACACGAUAUGCUGGUUACCCUCACCGUCCCUUCAGUACUGGUCCCAAAGAGCUUCCUUACCAACGACCAAGCACAAAAUGCCGGACGUUUCAGUCAGAUGCUAUCGAGAAGGUGAUUGAGGAUAUGACAUCGCGUAUGCAGGACCCCGACCUGGCCCGAUUAUUCGAGAACGCAUUCCCUUCGACGACAGACACGACAGUCAAAUUCCAUACAAAAGGAAAGGAAGACACUGGCUUCUUCCGCAUGGGAGCCUUUGGGGGCUUCCAUGAUGAGGGAGCUUGGCAGGGACCGCAGUCGUUCAUCAUCACAGGCGAUAUCAUCGCCGAGUGGCUGCGGGACUCGACGAACCAGCUGCGGCCGUAUCAACCGCUUGCAAAAAAGGAUCCUGCUAUCCACACACUGCUGCUCGGCGCGAUCAAUACACAGGCCGAGUACGUUAUCGAGUCGCCCUACUGUAACGCCUUUCAGCCUCCGCCUAUCAGUGACUUGCCCAUCUCGUCUAAUGGGCAAGAGGACAAUGUACAUCCAGCCUACGAGCCGCGAGCUGUCUUCGAGUGCAAGUAUGAGCUUGACUCCCUGGCACAUUUCCUUGCACUUGGCAAUGAUUUUCAUGAUCACACUAGCUCAACCGAAUUUCUAAAUAAGAGAUGGUACCGUGCUCUCGACACCGUACUAAGGGUGCUGAAUGAGCAGUCGAAAUCGACAUUUGACCCCAAGACGGGCGAGUUCCAGCGCAACGAAUACACCUUCUCCCGUCGCACAGACAUUGGAACUGAAACACUCAACUUGAGGGGAAUUGGAAAUCCCCUGAACUGGGGCACGGGGCUGAUUCGGUCAGCGUUCCGACCUAGCGAUGAUGCGACAAUCCUUGGCUUCUUUAUCCCUGCCAAUGCGCAGAUGUCUGUAGAGCUGGGCCGGGCCUCGGAAAUCCUCGCGGCCGCUGGCAAGACAGCGCUGUCUGAAAAGUUGGAGGCGUGGAGCACAAAACUCCGCGAGGGAAUCAUGGAGCAUGCAGUGGUCAAACACAAGAAGUAUGGGGAAGUUUUCGCUUACGAAGUAGAUGGGUAUGGCUCGUCGAUAUUGAUGGACGAUGCCAACUACCCAUCCUUACUGGCCCUUCCCUUGAUGGGAUUCUGCAAGACCAGUGAUCCCAUUUACCAAAACACAAGGAAGAUGCUAUUGGAGAAGGGUGGCAAUCCUUACUAUCUAGAAGGGAAGGCUUUUAAGGGCAUUGGUGGACCUCAUAUUGGACUGCGAAAUGCUUGGCCAAUGAGUCUUCUCAUCCAGGCUCGAACUUCAGAUGACGAUAAAGAGAUCAAGGAAUGUAUCGAUCUUGUACUCAACUCAGCCAAGCUUGGUCUGGUUCAUGAAAGUAUCGAUGUUGAGCAUAUUACGCAGUACACGAGAAGUUGGUUUGCAUGGGCCAACGGCGUGUUCGCAUCAACGAUCCUGGAUUUGGCAAAGAGAAAGCCGCAUCUGAUUUUUGGUGAGGGCGCUUCGGCGUACGAGAUAUAA